CUCGCGCCGGACCCUCCCUCUCCCACCACGUGUCCCCGCGCUCCCUCCCGAGGGGCCGUGCGCUGGGGCCCGAAGAGACGGCUGGGAUGGCGCAGUGACAGCCGGGCCCGAGCUCUCGGCGUCCCUGCGCCCUGGCGGUCGGCCCGGCGACAUGGAGUCCACAGCCAUCCCUCUGAAUCUGACCCUGAAAGUGGAGGAAAGCGAAGAACAGAUUCAGAGCCGGGAACUGGAGGACGGCUGCACCGACAUGCAGAAGGUCCGCAUCUGCUCGGAGGGCGCGUGGGUGCCGGCCCUGUUUGACGAGGUGGCCAUCUACUUUUCCGACGAGGAGUGGGAAGUUCUGACGGAGUCACAGAAGGCCCUGUACCGGGAGGUCAUGAGGAUGAACUACGAGACGGUGCUGUCGCUGGAGUUCCCGUUCCCGAAGCCAGACAUGAUCUCUCGGCUGGAUGGGGAGGAAGAGUCUCAGAAUUCGGACCGAUGGCCGCUCCCAGGAGGAAGCUUCGCAGAAAAUGAAGAAGCUGACGUCAAGCCCCCAGACUGGGCCGGCCCGAUGCACACCGUGUCCCCGUUCCCCCCGCCACAGCCCCUGGACAGCUUUGGCCUCCGCCUGCCUCGGGACUUCACCGAGCUGCCCGAGUGGAGCGAGGGGUACCCCUUCUACAUGGCCAUGGGCUUCCCGGGGUACGACCUCUCGGCCGACGACCUGGCCGCCAAGUUCCAGUUCAGCCGGGGCAUGCGCCGCAGUUACGACGCGGGGUUCAAGUUGAUGGUGGUGGAGUUUGCCGAGAGCACCAACAACUGCCAGGCGGCCAAGCAGUUUGGCGUGCUGGAAAAGAACGUUCGAGACUGGCGCAAGGUCAAGCCGCAGCUGCAGAACGCCCACGCCAUGCGGCGGGCAUUCCGAGGCCCCAAGAACGGGCGCUUUGCCCUGGUGGACCAGCGCGUGGCCGAGUAUGUCCGGUACAUGCAGGCCAAAGGGGACCCCAUCACCAGGGAGGCCAUGCAGCUGAAAGCGCUCGAGAUCGCCCAGGAGAUGAACAUUCCGGAGAAAGGGUUCAAGGCCAGCUUGGGCUGGUGCCGCCGGAUGAUGCGAAGGUAUGACCUGUCCCUGAGGCAUAAGGUGCCCGUGCCCCAGCAGCUGCCCGAAGACCUGACGGAGAAACUCGUCACCUACCAGCGCAGCGUCCUGGCUCUGCGCAGGGCGCACGACUACCAGGUGGCUCAGAUGGGAAAUGCAGACGAGACGCCCAUCUGUCUGGAGGUGCCCUCCAGGGUGACCGUUGACAACCAGGGCGAAAAGCCCGUCCUGGUCAAGACGCCGGGCAGGGAGAAGCUGAAGAUCACGGCGAUGCUGGGGGUCCUGGCCGACGGCAGGAAACUGCCUCCCUACAUCAUUCUGAGGGGCACGUACAUCCCCCCCGGGAAGUUCCCCAGCGGGAUGGAGAUCCGCUGCCACCGCUACGGCUGGAUGACCGAGGACCUGAUGCAGGACUGGCUGGAGGUGGUGUGGCGGCGGCGGACGGGCGCGGCGCCCAAGCAGCGGGGGAUGCUGAUCCUGAACGGCUUCCGGGGCCACGCCACCGACUCGGUGAAGAGCUCCAUGGAGAGCAUGAACACCGACAUGGUCAUCAUCCCGGGCGGCCUGACCUCGCAGCUGCAGGUGCUGGACGUGGUGGUCUACAAGCCGCUCAACGACAGCGUGCGGGCCCAGUACUCCAACUGGCUGCUGGCGGGGAACCUGGCGCUGAGCCCCACCGGCAACGCCAAGAAGCCGCCCCUCGGCCUCUUCCUGGAGUGGGUCAUGGUCGCGUGGAACAGCAUCUCCAGCGAGUCCAUCGUGCAGGGGUUCCGGAAGUGCCACAUCUCCAGCAGCCUGGCGGACGAGGACGACGUCCUGUGGGAAAUCGAGGGCGAGCUGCCAGGCGGAGGGGAGCUGCCCGCCGAGAGCAGGACAGAGAGCAACUGACCGCAGGCUCAGCAAACGGGACUGUGCUUGAAGCGCUGGGGAGAAACGCAGGAGGAAAGCGCUGGAAGUGUGGCCGCACAGGGACGGCGGGCAAGGCCGCAGGGCUGCGAAGGGCCCGUCCGGACAGCGCCCGGGCAUCCCGCCCGGACACAGCCCGCACCCACGGGGGUCACAGAAGUCCAGGACCCUUCGUUUCGUCAGAGACAUGAUCAGGAAGGAAACUGCUUCUCCCGUUUCUUAUAGAGGUGACUCCAGUGUCCGCCAGAGAAACCUGCGGGGAGAUGCAAAGGCAUUUCCUGGAGGAGACCGCUGUUCAGCGCCCACGGGGCUCCCGUCAGCCACUCCACUGUGUCCUUUCUGGGGAGAAAAACCUCGUCGUUUCUUCUGCCUUUAAAAACGCUUCCCGUAGAGCCUGCCGCCAGCAGGUCAGGACUGCGGAGAAGGCUGUGUAGAAACGUCGUUUUUGUACUUAACGCAUUUCCUCUUUUAGGAAAAGGAGAUACUAAUGACAACACUCAGACACACUGGCCUGGAGCCAGCCGAUGGCUUUUCUAUAGACAAACUCGGUUAGUGGGGAAGAUCCAGGUUAAAACAAACGGCUGUUUUAUUAAUCUUCCCAGCCAGGUUGGCAGCUAGCUUUUUGGGGUUUCAUUAUGGUUCUGGGUAAUGUAGGGCAGCAUUCAGUCCAGGUUCCUGCUUCUCAGGCUGCCUGCACACGUCGGCAGACGUUGCCUGCUGUGCUCAUGGUACAAGGCUCAUGGACUCCUGACGCUGGUUUUGUUCAUUUUAGUAUUUUUUCUCGAGGGUGGUGAGAGGGCGCGGGCCUUCAGCCCAGCUGUUUGAGAAGAACCGUUCCCCCUGCAGGAGGUGGGAGGUCUCUGGGUUUUCACACUAUAGUGGUUUGUAUUCCCACCUAAGUUGAGUGUUACGGAAACAUUCCUUCAACGCUGUCUGCGCUACAGGAAAUAGGCCGGCACCUCGCAGACAAAGCCCCUGCUAGAAAUGUCAUUCCAUGUCAGGCCUGCGACAGGCCUCCGCGUCUCCUUCCUGUACACCCGCAUUCCUAUUCGACACUGUUCUUGGCAUCUUGAGCCACUAUUUCUACUCAGGUACUCAUUUUCCUGUUGAUGAAACACCUUUCCCCUUUUCUUAAAACCAGUUUUCCUCCCAAAGGGGAAAUUUCACUUAAUUUCUGCUAUCGGAAUAACUUUGAAUAUUUGAAUUGCCCCAUUGGCAAACUGUGCUGAAUUCUUCGUCAUCUCAAAUGGCGUCUACACCCAGCUACUUUGCAUUCCAGAACUUUCCAUCCCCUGCAAUUCCACUUAAUUUAUCCUCCACCUUCCUGGUUCCCGGCACUUCCCUCGCUGCUGUUUCACUUGCGUGGGGCAUGCUUAUAAGACCUGAUUUUGGGAUCCUGCAUCGGAGCCUAAUUCUCUGGCAGAGAUGCAUGGAAAAUGGGUCCAACUCCUGAUUCAUUCCGCCAAUACCGCCGUCUCUACCCCGAUGGGCGGUGCCUUUCGGCUGCUGCUCUGGGACGCUCCUCGAGUGACGGCUCUGCUGUCGGGGUGUCUGGGCUCGUGCUUCCACUGACAGCCUCUGCCUAACGGAGCCCAGGACAGCUCGCUGCAGGGUGGCCGUGGCCCUGGGGGACGACAGCACAUGUUGAGACAUAGAUGUACUUACUCCUCAGUAGGUAGAAAUGGCCCCACAAUAAACUUUGAUAGUAAAGAC